CAUGUUAGAUGAAGAUUGUAUCGUAAUAAUCUGCUCCCUAAGACAUUAUGAGGAGCACAAACAUGUUAGAUGAAGAUUGUAUCGUAAUAAUCUGCUCUCCCUAAAUCACAGGCUAAAGUGGAUGUUAAAGCGAAUUUCAGUGGUCACAUAAAUUGUUUCCUACAAACACAGGCUAAAGCAUCGGGAUGUAAAAGAUUGAAAAAUGACAAGGCGGCUUGAUGAAGAUGGGAGUGGGUGUUUGGUUCGAAUGGCGUAAACAAAGGACAAAAUUUUGGUUGCAGCCACAGAAAAUAAAAUGCAUUUCAUCAAUGAUAUUGCAUAGGCAAUGUGCAUUCUGAAGCUAUAAACUGUAGAGGCCAUGGAGAGCGUUGAUGUCUGCAUUAACGAUGUGCUGACGGACGACGGACUGAGAGCCAUUCUGGCGAAGGUGGAGGACGGCAAGGAGAAGAACAAUUACGGACUAGUGUGUAAGCGGUGGUUGCACUUGCAGAGUGCGGAGCGGCGGCGGCUGUGCGUGCGAGCGGGGCCGCUCAUGUUGCGCCGCAUGGCCGCUCGCUUCCCUCGUCUCUUCGAUCUCGAUUUCUCUCAAUCCGUCUCCAGAUCGUAUUUUCCUGGCGUUUCUGAUCAAGAUUUGGGUGUCAUUGCCACCUCCUUCUUCUCUCUCCACAUUCUUAAUCUCCGAGAAUGCAAAGGUAUUACUGAUACUGGUCUUAAAGCACUUGGGAAAGGUCUACCUAAUUUGCAUUCGUUGGAUAUUUCACAAUGUAAAAAGAUAACAGAUAAGGGAAUACAGGCACUUGCUGAAGGGUGCCCACAUUUGGUGACCUUACAUUUUAAUGGUUGCAAACUUAUAACAGAUCGAUCUCUUCAAACACUAUCCCGGUGCUGUGGAAAAUUGGAGGAGCUGGAGUUGCAGGGGUGUACCAAUAUUACUGAUAACGGACUGUCAAGCUUAGCUCAAGGAUGUUGUUCAAUCCAGACUCUAGACAUCAGCAAGUGUGGUAAAGUAGGGGAUGUUGGAGUUACAAGACUUGCUCAGGCUUGCUCUCUUUUGAAGACCUUGAAGCUGUCAGAUUGUUUGAAAAUUGGAAAUAAUGCAGUUACAUCUAUAGCAGAAUGCUGCAAAAAGCUUGAGAUUCUGAUGAUUGGAGGAUGCAGGCUUGUGUCUGAUCAAUCCAUUCAAGCAAUUGCUUCUACUUGCAGUUUCAAUCUAAUAAGUUUACAAGUUGAAUGGUGCCUAGAUAUUACUGAUGAAGCAAUUCGCUCAGUUCUUUCAGGCUGCAUACAGCUUGAAAAUCUUGACAUGGCUUGCUGUGAUAAAAUAACAGACCAUGCUUUCACUUGUUUAGGGAAUCAUGGAUCUGGAUCAUGUUUGAAGGUUUUAAAAAUUAACAACUGUCCUGGCAUAUCAAUUACAGGGAUUGCUUUGAUAGCUGAAUUUUGCCAUUCGCUGAAGUAUUUGGAUGUUCGAUCUUGUCCUCAGAUUACGGAAGAGGAUGUUAAUGGGGCAGGCAUUCAUUUUGAUGAUAAUUGCAAAUUAGUAUACCAUGGGACUGUAUCUGAGCAUGCCUUGUGAAAUGAGACAAAACAAUUUAAUAAUAUUAAUUCAAUAAAGGUAGUCUAGAUUUUCACUGCAGAAGUGAAAAGUGAGGCAGUGAGCAUUGAAGCACUUUGAUGCUUCCAAAUCUGUAAAUUUAUCUUAGCUUUGGCAGUUAAAACCUGAAAUCGUCUUCUUCACUUUUGUAUUAUAUGCUUGGCAUUUAUGGUGAUGGAAUAUCAAUGCUAUUUGUGUACAUAUAUAUAAUAAUUAUUACCUUCAGCUGAAACUGCUCUUCAAUAUGAUAAACCUAUUAUUGCACUAGUUGCAACAAACUGUGUUGCUGUAUUUUGUAGCUGGACAUUUCAAUCAUGAGAAUAGUUUUCUU